AUGGCCAUCACAUCCAUCCGACCAGCAGCUGGCUCCAGAUCGCGACGUUCUGCCGACAACAUCAUAGGCCUCCGUUACGAAAAGACGGUCCAGGCAGAGCCUCCCAUCCCGUUGCCUCCCAGAAACACAUCUCGCAACACCAUUCAUACGCUGUCGAUACGAUCGUCAGCAUCGUCUCCCUCUCCCUCUCUGUACUCGGUGUCUCUGUACUCGCCAAGCCUGGUGGUUGUUUCACCACCGCGGCUCUCUCUAUUGCCCAUUACGCCCCCAACUGAGCAGCAUCCGGCGUUGAGGACGCCGGUACGUCAGGCAAAGCUCGCCCACGAGGGUUGGAAGAGAGACUCGGGGCUCGCACCGACGCCCACCUCAGCCACUACCAUUUACGAAGAGGACUGCGAGGAAGAAGAGCCCAAGCAGGAGCCCAAGCAGCCGGCAGAGGCCCAAGACUCUGUCGGUGACAAGCCAACCAAGGUCGACGAGGUACCACGACAUCGUGUCCCACAAGCACAAGCACAAGCACAGCACGGAACAGCUGUCGGUCCAGUGGCGGCUGGUUGGCAGUGUUCGACAAGUGAGACAAAGUUUCAUCAACCAGCCGCGUCUGCGUCAUUUCCCUGCUUCGAAAAACCCAAUACCGCCGCCGCCGCUCCGAGCCGUGGUCAACCUCAACCUCAACCUCCCUCACCACCUCGCUCGCCGUUGUCGCCAGUGUCGCCAGUGUCGCCAAAGAGGCAAAGCAUUCUCAAGCGCCUUAGCGUCUGCUCCUCUGCGUCGGCAAAGGGGAAAUUAGCCCUGCAAGCCCUGGCAAUUGACGAGGGAUCUGCUGCCGCAAACGCGCCAAUGCAGCCCCUGAUGCGGGGCUCGCAGCAAGCCUCCACUCAUAAGCAGCCACAACGGUCGACUGCAGAACAGUCGCCUCUUCCGCUACUGCAGAUACAGACACUAUCUCGCGACACUGCUUCUCCGGGCGACGUCAACGACCGCUUUGCGCCUCUGGGCAUCAGCAUCCCAACGCACAGCCUGCUCGAGGAUGAUUUUAUGGCCACGUUGUCCUUCUCCAACCGCGGCAGCAUCAUGUUCGGCGGCCGACGCGCUGGAGCGCUGGGCCUCGACGGGACCAGCGACUUGGGCAGAGGCGAUGUCUCUGCUCCUUCAACACCCACCCACAGCCAUGCACGAUCCAGCAGCACCAGCGUCGACCGCAUCGAGUCCUUGGCCGCCAGUGCCUCCAACCCCAACCUCGUGCCCCGCGCUCAGCCGCCACCCGACAUCCGCCUGCUAGCAUCCGACGUCGACAAGGAGUCCCAAAAGGUGAGAUCGCUCUAUGGAGUCGGCGAUGCCAUCAAUUGGGAGGAUGGCGCAAGGCGCUCGUACUGCGAACCCUUGGAGCCUACCCCAGAGCUCCCAGCAGAGGAAGAUGGGAAUGACUCGCGAGACACGGAGCUCGCUGGCGGCCUAGAGGACUGGGAAGACGUUGACGGCGCCAGCGUCGAUCGAUAUGGAUUCAUCACCGCCCCGCGAUCACGGCUCGGCACGCCCACGGAAAUGAAGUCUGCCCAGUACUCGCCUAGGCGAAGGAACAUGCUGCAGAAGAGGGACUUGGCUGGCCUAUCUCCCUUGGGCCCGAGCAGGAAGAUGUCCGCCAGGUCGCUCAACACCCAAGCCUCGGAACUAUCUACCGCCUCGAAACGAUCUUCGCGAUCCGUCAUUCGACAGGCUAGCAAUCUGCUACCCCAUAACCGAGAUCGGCGAUGGCUGGACGAGGCUGGCGACAUGCUGACGCUUCCGACAAGCCUCCAAGAUGCCGCAGAGGAAGCCCAUAUAGAGAGGAUAUCGGAAACACUAAAGCGCAAGGAGUGGGAGAGGUCGGAGAAGUGGCGCAAGAUGGCCAAGGUCGUCCGAAGGGGCGGCCAGGGCGAAGGCAUGGAGUUUGAGUUUGACAGAAAGAACCCUAAGCUCAUUGAGCGAACGUGGAAAGGCAUUCCCGAUCGCUGGCGUGCGGCCGCGUGGUGGUCCUUUCUUGCCAACUCGGCUACGGAACACGGAGUCCACGCCAUUGAAGAGGAGAUUGUUGCGUCAUUCCACCGGCUGCUGGAGCAAAGCUCGCCGGACGAUGUGCAGAUCGACCUCGACGUGCCCCGGACCAUUAGCCGACACAUUAUGUUUCGCAAAAGGUACCGCGGCGGCCAGCGGCUUUUGUUCCGCGUGCUGCACUGCCUGUCCAUCUUUUAUCCAGAAACGGGCUAUGUCCAAGGCAUGGCGUCAUUGGCAGCAACGCUGCUCUGCUAUUUUGACGAAGAAAAGUGCUUCGUCAUGCUGGUGCGCAUGUGGCAGCUGCGAGGGCUCGAUCGCCUCUAUCGCCCCGGCUUCGAGGGUCUGAUGAAGGCGCUGCACGAGUUUGAUGAAACUUGGCUGAAUAAAGACGUGGCCAACAGGCUGACCGAGCUCAGCGUAGACAUAACGGCAUAUGGUACGCGUUGGUACCUUACCCUCUUCAACCUCUCCAUUCCAUUUCCAGCCCAGCUGCGAGUAUGGGAUGUCUUUCUCCUACUGGGGGAUAGCGCAGCCGAGGCGAAUAUCGCCACGCAUGUUGAGGACGGCGAAGCAAGCCCGGCAACAGGGCUCGAUAUUUUGCACGCCACGAGCGCCGCCUUGAUCCAGGCCCUCCGCGAGGUGCUCCUGGACUCCGACUUCGAAAACGCCAUGAAGGCCUUGACGUCAUGGAUUCCCAUCAAGGAUGAGGAUCUCCUGAUGAAGGUGACCAAAGCCGAAUGGAAGUCACACCAAGGCAAGAAGAAGACGUAG